UUCGUUGACAGAGAACUCAGCCUUCAGUUCGUUUGCAACCAGCUGGUUGGGGGGCAGCCAUGGAAGAGCUGUGUCCGUUGCACGAGAUGCGUUGGAGGCCGUCGAUUUUUGGUUGGGAGAUCCUUCGACUGAGGCUUCUAUCUUUCUUGCUUACGAAUCUUUGCAUCGUUGCUCUUCAGCUUGAAUACACCAAAAAGCAAGGGACUAAAAAUUUGCAUUUUGCUACCAUUUUCAAGCUUGGAUAUAUCAAAAAGCAAGACACUAAGCAUUUGGAUUCUGCUAUAAUAUUUGAGGUUCUUGCUAUCAUCCUGCUUCUGCAUGCGUGUUGGUACAAGUGCUUAACAGAUUUUCUCAUUAUAGAUGUUUGUACUGUCGAAUUCCGAAAAAGAGGAUUGCCACAUGCUCACAUGUUGAUCUGGUUAAAACAAAAUUAUAAAUGUUAUUCAGCAGUUGAUAUAGAUUCUAUCAUUUCUGCCGAAUUACCAAACAAAACUGUAAAUUAUGAUCUUUAUAACAUUGUGACUCAAUUUAUGAUCCAUGGUCCAUGUGGACAAAUAAAUCCUCAUUCUCCAUGUAUGCGAGAAGGAAAAUGUUCUAAAUCUUUUCCCAAACAAUAUAAAAGCGAAACAAUUUUUGAAACAAAUGGUUACCCUGUAUACAAACGUCGUGACGAUCCAACAAAAUUUGUGAUAAAAAAUGGAAUGCAAAUUGAUAAUAGUUUUGUAGUACCUUACAAUUCUAAAUUACUACAAAGAUAUAAUGCUCAUAUAAAUGUUGAAUCCUGUUGUCAAUCAAUGCUUAUAAAAUAUCUUUUCAAAUAUAUAAACAAAGGUUCAGAUAGAGCUAGAGUAGUUUUCCAAGAGAACCAACAAGAUGAAAUACUUGCCUAUCUAAAUUGUAGAUACAUAUCUCCAUAUGAAGCUGUUUGGAGGUUGUUUCAAUAUCCUAUUCAUUUUAGAAAACCCUCAGUUGAACGAUUACCAAUACAUUUACCUUUAGAACAAAAUAUUAUUUUCAAUGGUGAUCAAUCGCUUCAAUCAAUUGUUAACCGAAAAAAUGUUGAAUCUACAAUGUUAACAAGUUGGUUUGAAGCUAAUAAAACUUUUCAUGAAGCACGAACAUUAACGUAUGCAGAAUUUCCUUCAAAAUUUGUGUGGGAUUCUCGCACUAAGAUGUGGAAACCUAGAAAAAAAAAAAGGAUCCCUUGGUAGAAUAGCUUAUGUACAUCCUGCAUCUGGUGAAUUAUAUUAU